ACGGGGACUAGACGUUCCUGGUUUCAAAAGAGCGGGAAUUGAAAAAGUAUGCGCGGAACUUUGAGAUGUUUAACAAUGUUAGUGAAUUUGUGAAAUGAAACAUUACUACGUUUAAUUUUAUUAAUUUUCGUGAGUGAUCGAGCGAAAAUGGAUGUGAAAUUUAUGAUGCUGUUUUUAUUAUUUCAAUUUAACGAUAUUUCAACUUCGCUUAACGACUACGCAUUGGUCACAAUUAGAUCGAGUCUCAGUUAUGCAAGAUACAGCAACGAUUACAGAGCAAAUUUCUCUAUAUACGAUCACGAAAGGCAUAAAAGAAGUUUACAAAUGAUCAUGACUCAUCAUUUCAGAGAAACCACCGUAACAGCAGGAGUUGAUGUAAAUUUACAAUGUGUAGUCAAUGGCCUACAUCCAGCAAGAUUUGUUUGGGAAAGGGACGGUGUUGUAAUAUCCUCUAAUACAGAUUCGAGGAUAACACUGGGACAGAUGAUGAGUGCUGAUGGUGUUAUGUCUCAGCUGAAUAUUUCUCAUGUAAGAGUUGAUGAUGGAGGCAGAUACAGCUGUCUGGCACAGCAUGGUGACUCUAUCAUUAGCCACGAAGAUAGAGUCAAUGUUUAUGGUCCGCCGUAUAUAAGGGCACUGCCACCUAUCAAAGCUCAGAGUGGUCAGAGUAUUGUACUAAAAUGUCCUUAUUACGGGUAUCCAAUUAGGGAUAUUACUUGGGAAUUCAGAGGAAAAGAAAUAAUUCCAGAUAAACAUGGCAAUAGGUACAAACGAUCGAAAAACAUUGAAUUAAGUAAAGAGAUAUACGGGCGUAAGCCAAAAUUAAGAAAAAGGGAUGUAUCAGUCAAUAAUGAUGGUGUUUUGUAUAUAAACAAAGUAAGUAAGGCUGAAAAUGGUGCAGCAUAUGCGUGUAUAGUUAGAAGUCCAUCUGGAGAAAUGGCGAAAAGAUCGUUUGAUUUGCAAGUUGUUGAGGCACCAUCAUUAGAGGAAAUUUUACUAGCCUCAGAUCUUCAUGAGGGCCAAAUGGUACAAAUACACUGCAAUUUGAAAAGUGGAGAUUCACCUGUUUAUUACUCCUGGCUGAAAGAUGGGAAGAAGAUACCUUCAAGCUUAAAAAUAGUUGAGAGAAGUUUGGAAGUGUUUAGUGUACUUAUAAUUAAGAAUGUGUCUUUGGACCACUGCGGGACAUACACUUGUGUAGCGGCCAACCAUGUCGCUAAAGUAAAUCGAACCGUCAAUCUGUAUAUUAAAGUUGCUCCAAAGUGGAGUGAAGAACCACAGAAUACAUCGUUACUGUUGGGCAGAAAUGGUCACGUUUCCUGCAGAGCCAAUGGAUACCCACAACCCCAAACACAUUGGUUGAAAAAAGAUCUUGUUUCGGAAACAUGGAGGCCUGUUCUCGAAAUAGCCGGUGGCGGAGUCCUAAGUUUGUCUAAUGGCUCGCUGAUAUUUGACUCCGUGGCGCUAUCCGACGCUGGUUUGUACACUUGUCACGUAGAGAACGGCGUGGGCGAAGCUCUUAGCAAAACUGUGUGGAUUUCUGUUAAUAAACCCGUUUCAUUCGAUACGUCAUCACGAAAUUUAACAGCCAAAUUAGGCCAGGAGGUGGUUUUAGAAUGUCAAGCAAAAGGGGACGAUCCUAUACGAAUGAUGUGGACACGCAAUGGCAAACCAAUUAACCCACUAACCCAGAGGGUCAAGAUAUCAGAAGUAAAAACUGAAGAUGGUAUGACGGGUAUUUUGGAACUUCUACAAACGGAACCGAGCGAUGGUGCUCUAUAUCAGUGCAAAGCUGGAAACCCCUACGGUGCUGAUGUAUAUAGCGUGCAUCUUACAAUUUUAGAACCUCCGCUACCGCCAAGUGAUUUAUCAGUGGAUGCAGUAAAGAGUCGUUCAGUGAAACUGUCCUGGCGCGACUCAACUCGAUCGCUCGCUCAUUACUACACAGUCCAAAUUACAAAUACUCUCCGGCCCUCCUGGACUACGGCUAGGAUAUUUAAUGUUACGAGGUUGGACGAUAUUCGACAAAGCUUUGAUAUAGAAGAUUUACAACCGGCUACUGGUUACACUGCCAGGGUGGCCGGGGGAAAUCAGGCUGAUGUCAGCAACUAUUGUACUCCAGUUAGAUUUACAACCAAUGAAGAAGCCCCAGUGUCCCCUCCACUGGGCGUCCAAGUAGAGCAGACGGAAUCGCCAGGGGAACUUCGGGUAAGAUGGCUACCACCACCUUCGGAUUCACACAACGGCAUGAUAUUAGGAUACAAGAUUCGAGCUGUACCCCAGUUGACGAGUGUUAAAGGUUCUGAAGAUGUGAAUGACAAAAUUAUGAAAACGACUUCAGUGUUUUCAAAGCAAGACACAAUAAUUACCAGCCUUCUGAAAGGAGUCAGAUAUGCAGUCUCCGUUGCUGCGUUCAACGGUGCUGAUACAGGACCGUAUUCGAUACCAAUAUUUGAAGAUACGAGAGAAGGAGCUCCUGAAGAGGGUCCUACAUCGGUGGAAUGUUCGGGGAUAUCUUCAACAGCACUACGCGUGAGCUGGCAGCCAAUACCACAGCACAAACAGGCUGGUGCACUCAUCGGGUACACCGUGCUUUAUGCUGCUCAAGGUCGUCAGUGGCAGAAUUCAACCUCACCGAUCACAGAGGUGCGAAUCCAAAGCCUCACCAAAUAUACAAACUAUACGGUGAAAGUUGCUGGAUUCUCCAAUUACGGUGUCGGGCCAUUCUCCUUUCCGAUUGUAUGCUCCACACUGCAAGACGUUCCGGAUGCACCAUCAGAAAUCAAGUUACUGUCCCAAUCGUCAACGUCUUUAUUGGUCAGUUGGAAGAAACCUCGUCAGCCCAAUGGAAGAUUGCUGCAUUAUACAGUUUACUGCAAAUCUACAGCUAGCAAUGAUGGCCCUGAAGCUCAUAGAAUAGAUUAUCAAGAAAGUACGACAGCAUACGACGAAACUCACAGUCUAGAGCUGAAGGGUCUUCAAGAAGGCAGGCAGUAUGACGUGUGGGUUACUGCUAGCACUGUUAUCGGAGAAGGACCUGAAACGAGGAGAGUGACAAGUGUAUUACAGCAGAAAGUGGUGGCUGGUGUUUCGUCCUUGGGUGGUGAAGUAGUAGUGCCAGUUCACGGAUCUCUAGUACUCAUGUGCCGGAGUGUGGGCGUACCACCACCUCGCACCGUGUGGUACCACAACCAUUACAUCAUCACACAUCACCCAAGAUACAAGAGGAAUAAGGACGACAGCUUAUUUAUCAAAGAUAUUGACCAAUCACUAAGCGGAAACUACACUUGCUUGGCGAAGAAUCUGUACGGGUCUGAUUCAGUGGUGUAUACGGUCACUGUACUGCCUCUUCCGGAGCCUCCGUUGUUGAGAGCCACGCCAUUCAAGGACUCUAUUCUGAUAGAAUGGGACGAGCUCAAAGCGAAUGAUACACUAGUACAUGGAAUCAGCUACAAUGUAACAUGGCGGGAAGAUGAUGGGCCGUGGCAGGAAGCUUGGCCCAUGAUGAGGGAGACCCGCUUGCCUGGUGUCCUCCACAACACCCUGUCUGGGUUGAAGUGCGGCACCAAGUACUCCGUCAGAGUGACGGCAACCGAUCACGUGGGGACGUCUGCGCCGGCGCAUGUCGACGUAACUACGCUUGGAGGAGCGCCAGUUUCACCACCUACCACUGACUGGCUGUGGAGCAACUCAACACACAUCUACAUUCAACUGAGUGGCUGGGACGACGGCGGAUGUGACGUCACGAAAUGGGACGUCGAGUACAGACCUCUCGGGUCCACCAUUUGGCAUAGAGCUGACAACAGAGCGACAUCGGAUCACACUCUUCAAUGGGGAUACGACUAUCGGUCUUCAAUACGGUCUGUGCCCUCUUCGUAUGCUGUGGGAUCCCUUCAACCCUCGACCUGGUACCAGCUUAGAGUCACAGCAACCAACGACGCUGGAGUAGCCACAACACUGUAUACGUAUGCCACAAAGAGUCUGGAUGGAGAGGAAAUCGGUCCACCUUCAGAACUGUUCGACCUGAAUAUGUUGGUGAUAAUAUGUAGUUCAGUGCUACUCGUAGCUUGUCUAUUCGCCUUCAUAUGCAUCCUGUUUAAAAGGCACAGACAAACAUACACGUCGCAGUAUCGACACUCAAUCGAGCAGGUGAAGUCGCGAGAGGAGAGUGUAGCUUCUCAAUCCGAACACAAAGAGCGAUAUGCGCACGCGCCGAGAAUUCUUACAUCGCCGAAGACUGGCAAGAGCGAUAUGUUCGAGAUAAGCCCGUACGCCGAGUUCGCUUUGGGCUUUAGGACAUUCGAUCACGUUGAAAACCAGGACCUGCCACGAAGGUUGCCUGGAAGACCUAGAUUUGACACAGAGACCAGUUUCCAAACUCGCUCGGAGUCUGACGACAGUGACAGCACCUCUAAAGCUACAGUUGCUGGUAUGCCAAGACGUCACUGCCGUACGCCGCACUACAGAUAAAAAAUAAUUUUGCUAAAAUUAAGUAUUUCUAUAAUUUUAAAAUGAAAUUUAGGUCUACAUGAGAACUUAAGUCAUAUCAUAUUGAAUGUAAAUUUAAUACGUUUUAUUAAUGUUGUUAUUACAUAAAUGUAUGUGAGUUAAAUCUAUUGACUCAAUUAGGUUACUGAGUUUCGAUUAUCCUUUUCUUAAACAUUAUUAUUUUUGUACUUAUUAUACCAAUUUCAUACUUUUAUAAAUUAAAUGUCACUUAUAUUGCUGGAUCAGUUAUGUUUAAUUAUAUUAAAUAUGAAUUAUUUUAAAUUAAUACUAUUUUUAUAAUGUGGACUAUUUUUAUGUUUGGUGGGUACCGACUGUCGCAUAAUUAUCGCAUUCAGUUUUAUGGUACGAGGAACACAGCUGCUAUCAAGCGCAAGGCAAUUGGUAAAUAAAAUCAAAUUAGAAAGCCUGUUUUUUUAUUUUUAUAUUAUAUUUCUUAUGGACAUAAUCAUAAUUAUUAAAUUAUUUAUUACAUGUAUAUUUUGUCCAAAUGUUUCAAAUAUCAUUUUUAAAUGUAAAUAUUUAUAAAUCUAGUCAUUAGGUAGUCGUGUUGAAAGUUUAUUGUUGUACCUAUAUCUUUUAUAAGACUGAUGUUUCCUUAGAUGUAAGUCUGAAAGAUGACGAAACUUGAUAAUUUCAAAAGAUUAAAUUUAACCCCACUUUCAUCAAUAUAAAUCAAAUACCAAGUUUGUCUCUCUUUGUCUUAUUGGAAAAUGUUUCUUUGUGAGACCCUUGAAUAUAUUAUGCUAUAGUAGGUAUAUAAUAUUAUUAAUUAACAACGUCAUAAAACCUUAUUUUCCGUGUUCAUGACAUCUUUCUUGGGGGUCUGUUACAAAAUGUAUGUGUGAAAUUACAGCUAUGUUACAAGCCAAUAUAAGAUUACAAUAACUUGGUGAGCAUAUUACUCAUAAAACUAUUUAUGUAAACGCAGACAUUUGUAAAAGAUUCACUGUUGUCGAUUCCAACGUUGUAAAAAGUUUAGAACGGGGACUUUCGCAUCCGGCUUAUGAAGAAGCGACACAAAUAUAAUGUUGCAAGAUUAAUAUUUUUUUAGGACAAUAAAGGACGAGACGUGCAAAAAGUUCAGCUGAUGGUAAUUGAUACGCCCUGCCCAUUACAAUUACACAUAUUUUUUACCCAUGGUUGCAUAAACGCUACCGUCAGAUAAAUUUUUAGUUGAGAGGAAAUUAUUGAAAGUAUAAAUUAUUUUUACGUAAGUAAGCUGAUUGUUUUUUUUUCUUUAAGAUAUUGGGUUCAUUACAAUUAAACAAGUUCUCAGUUAAAAGGACUCGAUUGAAUGUAUUUUAUUUCUUGCUGUUCAUCCUCUACCGAAACCGUAGCUGAUGUUCACGAGGCUUCAUAAAUUUCCUUAUGUAUCUCAUAAAUAAUCGUUCCAGAGGAAUCCUGGGUCGGACAAAUUAAUAAAAGUGACUAGGAACUGGAAUGAUUUUGAUGCUGUCUGUACUAAUCAACACAUGUUCAUAUUUUGUAAUGGCCCCCCUGUGAUUAUCUAAGUCGCAUUGAAUUGUUGCGUAGUGUGGUACCAGUGUAAAAUUUAUAUAUUAUGUGUAUU